CUGGAUCAUGUACUUCCUGACUUGGAGCUCUGCUUGAAAUGAAAGGAAAGCCCCCUCCCUGACAACUGGAAUCCACUCUGCCCACAGUUUACUGGAAGCAGGAUGUGAGCUUGCAGCCAGGGAGAGAAAAGUAAAUAACACACAGAAGUGAACGUGAGAGUGUAUCACCGGGUUUGAAUCAAGAUUGUUGCUUCUAACAUGCAAAUUCUUAUAUAAUAAUCUGUCAGAAAUAUAUCAGUGAAGAACUUUAUUUAAUCAUCUACAAUGAUCGUGCAGAAUGAUUAGAAUCUGGGGGACAACAUUUUGGGUGUCUUGCCUUGUAAUAGCAUUUUUCUUUCUGUUAGUUACUCUUCAGGUUAUUGUAGAGCUUGGAAGGUUUGAAAAGAAGAAAAUAAAACAAACCUCACUGCAAGAUUUUAAACGUCAAAAACAAACCUUUCCAUUGCUCAAACAUUUGGAGGAGCAGCAUAUUCAGAGAAGGUUAAAACAUGGAAUGGACAAAUAUCCCAUCAUGCUCUGGUGGUCACCAUUGACUGGGGAGAAUGGAAGAGUGGGACGAUGUGGAAGGGACAGUUGCUUUUUUACUAUCAACAGAACAUAUCUUCAUAAUCCAAUGACAAAAGCUAUUCUGUUCUACGGCACAGACUUUAAUAUUGACAGUUUACCUCUUCCACGAGAACCCAAUCUUGAAUGGGCUCUGUUCCAUGAGGAGUCUCCAAAAAAUAACUAUAAACUGUUCCAUCAACAAACUAUUACUUUAUUUAACCACUCAGCUACUUUUAGUCGAAAUUCUCACUUGCCAUUAACAACCCAGUACUUGGAGAAUUUACAGUCCUUAAAAUCCCAUGAGUACUUGGUUCCAUUGCAAGAGAAGAAUAUGCUAAGGAGACACCUUGCUCCACUAGUAUAUGUGCAGUCUGACUGUGAUCCUCCUUCGGACCGUGAUCGAUAUGUGCAAGAGCUCAUGAGGUAUGUUGCUGUGGAUUCCUACGGUGAAUGUUUGCACAAUCGAGAUCUCCCAAAAGAUAUCAACAACCCAUCUUUCAUGGACAAUGCAGCUUACUACCGAAUACUUGCUCAAUACAAGUUUGUCCUAGCAUUUGAAAAUGCAGUUUGUGAAGACUACAUAACCGAGAAGUUAUGGCGACCACUCAAGUUAGGAGCUAUCCCAGUAUAUUAUGGUGCUCCCAAUAUUGAAGACUGGCUCCCAAGUAACAGAAGUGCAAUUAUUGUGAAUACAUUUUCUCACCCCAAAGAUCUGGCACAAUUCAUAAAACGGCUAGAUGGCAAUGAUACACUCUAUAUGGAAUUUCUAGACUGGAAACUUCGAAACCACAUCAGCAACAAAAACUUAAUAUCUGCCAUGAAAAACAGAAAGUGGGGUGUGCAAGAUGUGAUGCAAGACAACUAUGUUGACGCCUUUGAAUGUAUGGUUUGCAGUAAAGUGUGGGAUAAUAUUCGACUACAAGAAAAAGGUCUGCGGAUCAGGCAGUGGAAUGCAGAUUCAACACAUCUGACCUGUCCAGAACCUGAAACAUUUCCUUUCUUGCCAGAAAGUACUGCGAAGUCCACUAUGAGGGAUAUGUGGAAACCCAGCUUCCAGCAAUCUAUAAAAGAGGCAAAAGCACUCAGAUUGCUGGUUGACAGGAACAGAAAUUUUUCAUCUCAAGAGUUUUGGAAUCUUGUUUUCAAAAAUGAAUAAUGCUGAAGUGCCAAUAACAAUAUCAAUAAUUUAAAGUUAUAUAAAGAUAUAGAAUUGUCAGUGUGUUGUUUUACCUUUGUCAAUAAACAAUAUACAUAAUA